GGGCGCUCCCGGCAGCCCGCGCGGCACCCCGAAGCCCCGGGCCGCCAUGAGGAGGUGCGGCGGCGGGGAGGAGGCGGCGGCGGAGGAACUGGAGACGGAGGGCGAGAGGCAGCUGAAGCGGCUGCUGCGCCACCAGCUGGACACGGCGGCGUCGCUCGAGCAGUGCAUGGCCAAGCGGCACCGCUUCGCGCCGGCGACCGUGUACCGGCCCUUCGGAGAGGAAGCCGCCGGCGCCCGCACCUUGCCGGAGUUCCGGGCCCUGCAGGAGAGCAGUGGGGAAGCGGCAUCUCUGCAGGAGCUGGGCCUCUCCGACGCCGAGAUCCGCCUCUGGAGGCAGCGGGCCCAUAAGAGCCCUGGGCUUGGGGCAGCGCCGGAGGCCGCUCGGGACAGGAUCAGAGCCAUCCAGGAAAAGAUUACUGAGCGCCAGCGCAUCCUCUCCCUGCCGCAGCACUUUGCAGGCAGCAAGUCUCUCAGCAGGCGCGAGAUGGAGAUUGAGAAUGCUCUUUUCCAGGGAACAGACCGCCAUUCCUUCCUGCGGAUGUUGUAUCGCCAAGAUGAAGCUCAGCCAAAGGCUGCCCCCGAGAUGGGCCCAAUGGCUCAGCUGGAUGCGGUUUAUCGGGAGCUUCUGAGCGAACCAUUGUCAAGCCAGAGGCCCCUGGAACCACCAAAGUCUCCCCAGAAGGUGCCUGAUUCAUCAUGCUCUACCCCCUUCAGUAGCCUUGGAGCAGCUCCGCCGGCCGUGGAGCCUGUGAUGGUGACGGAACCUGUAGAGUGUGUGCCAGAAGAGGAGAUACUCCGGAGCCGCCUUUCCAAAGAAGAAAUCCACCGGAUUCCCAGAUUUUCCUCCUAUAGCCCAGGGGAGCCAAGCGAGGUGCUGUACGUGAAAAAUCUGAGUCGCAACACUACAGUGAAGGACCUGCUGCCCUUGUUCUCCCGCUUCCAAGAAAAGAAUGGCCCCCCUCUUCGUUUGCGCCUGCUGAAUGGGCGCAUGAAAGGCCAGGCUUUCCUCACCUUUCCCAGUAAGUACCUGGCCUCUGUGGGAGGGGAGGGCCGGGCCGGACUCUCCUCUCCUCCACUAUGUUUCCUUCUCUGGCCAGCCGUGUCCCAGGCCCAGGAAGCUUUGGAGCUGCUCAACGGGUUCCUCCUGCUAGGGAAGCCACUCAUCCUUGAGUUUGGUCGUAGUGGGAAGCCGGCUUCUGCCCUGGGCCCUGGAAUCAACUCUGCACUCCAGAACGACGACAGCCGGUCAGACAAAUCCUAGACUGUUGGGGUAGCUUGAUGGCUUUGCCUGCAGACAGAGAAUACUGGACGAGGCCUGGCAGGAUCUGUUGCCGCUGGGGCUCUGGGCGCCCCUUUGCUUUUAUGUACAGAGGGAGCCGACUGCACUUAGGGAGCAGGGAAUAAAAGUGGUCAAGCUG